GGGCUGCCACCCACCGAACCAAAAAACCAGAGUCACAACAGCACAAACAUAUCGACACAGAACACUCCAAGCAAGCAAACCACGACCUAAACGAUGUCCGGCAGGAAACCAGCCGGAGCUCAAGCAUCCAAGCUUGGAAAGAAAGUCCCACCAAGACCGACGACUCACUUAGCGCCCACUAACCAGAUUGGAUCUGCCUCAAACCCACUAGCAAACUCGAACUCCUUCUCUAGCUCCUUACACAAUAAGGCUGUCACCGGUCCUAGUAAUCUUCAACGGGACCAAGCUGGAAGGAUUGUCGAAUUCUUUUGUCAAUCCGAUGUUUGUCCAGUUUGUAAAUCUGAUAGAUACUUAAACCCAGACCUCCGUCUAUUAGUCUCAAAAUGUUAUCACAAGAUGUGCGAAUCAUGCAUCGAUCGGAUCUUCUCAUUAGGGCCAGAGCCGUGUCCAAUUUGUGGACAAAUCUUAAGGAAGGCGAGUUUCGCGCCCCAGACUUUCGAAAACUUGGCAGUCGAGAAGGAAGUGGUUAUCCGUAAACGGAUCGCUAAAUAUUUUAACAAACGCCGAGAGGACUUUAUGACCUUGGACGCUUAUAAUAAUUAUCUUGAAGAAGUAGAAGAUAUCACUUUUAAUUUGAUUAAUGGAGUAGAUGUAGCUGAGACAGAAGCGAAGAUCAAGCGAUUUCAAAUCGAGAAUCAGGAACUGAUAGCCCAGAAUGCAGUCCAUGAGGCCCGACAGGCUGAGCUGAGCAAACGCCAAGAAGAAGCAAUCAAGAAGGAGCGAGAAGAGCGCAAGGCUGAAUUAUUGAGACUCGAAGAAGAAGCGCGACGGGAAGAAGAGGAAAUCAAACGGGCGACGAUCCGUAGUUUGGAAACUUCGAACGUGAGUGCUGAGAAGCUUGUAGCCAGACAACGGGCGGUUGCACAGAAGAGAGCGACUGCGCGGACAUUAGCCUCGGAGCUAGCGACGAAGACGACGGUGACGAUGCCAUCAUUAGGAGGAUUGAUCGACCCGAGCUCGAUGGAUAAUGAGGAGACGAACCGGCCGGAUAUCGAGGGCGAAUUAGGACAAUGGGACGACUAUUCAUCGAUGUUUGAUCUCAAGAGGCUCGACGCAAACCUCCAACCAGGCUAUAUCGACCACGAAUCCAUGAGACUCGUCAUGAACGACCAUGCCCUUGCCUUGGUCGGUGGCUUCGAGAUCGAGUCCGUCUGGGAACGUCAGCUCCGGAGCGCUAUGAUGGGCCUUUUCGUCCCCCCACCCGAGGCUGGUGGCAUCAACCAAACUACCUCAGAUGAUCUUUCUCUCCACAACUUGACUGGCUGAAAAGGACUCUCAAUAAACUUCUCUUUUGUUUUCUUUUGUCUACUUUUGUAACGCUCACACUCCUUUGAUCAGUUCCUAGAGCAACUGUCAUAUCAUCUCCUCACCACAUGAUUAAGUGAUUUGUAAUCCAAUACCCUAUAUUCCUCAUAAAUGUCUCCAUUUCCUGGAUCCUUU